AUGGGGGCCUUGCAUCCUCAGGCUUCCAUGCCCAGCCUGAACUCGUCCAGAUCGAAGCGGGACUCCGAGGAACUCCGCAGCCUCGAGCAGAGCUGGGAUAGCAGCCAUUGGAUGCACUACUCCAGACGGAAUCCAGCACUGACGGUGAACUGCCGGGACUACUUCGAUCGUCCGAGAGCCGAGCCUUCCUACUCCAGGGGCUUUCAGUUGGGUGCGCGGCUCCAGGUCUCCUGGAAGCUGGGGCCGGAGCCCAAAGACUGGAGUGACACGUUCGGGAAGACCAGGACGAAUGGCUUCCUGGGAAGGUCCUGUUCUGGAAAGCCCGAGUUUGCCAUGCAGGAGGCUUUGUGGGACGAGCGCCAUCAUGUCUUGCACGGAUCGGCGAACGAAGAGUUUCAUGAGUCGGACAAGGAGUACUUCUCAGUCUUCCUUGCCCCGCGUGGCAAGCGUGUCGUUCCCAAGCGGCAGAAUGGAUGGACGACACAUUUGCUUCCGCACAAGCAGCGAGGAAAUCCGAAUGGGAUGGACGACGCGGAGAUGCCAUGUGAGAUCCUGCAUAGGAAGCCUGCUUCGCCAGCUGACAUCGAACAUCUGAAGAUCUCACAGGACCUGGUUGGCCUGUCUCCGCAGGUCAGUAUCCGGGUCGAGCAGCUCCGCGAUGUGUCUGCAGGAUUCUGGUCGCGCGCGGCUUCCAAUGAUUGUGGAAGUUGGGAUUGCAGAUUUCUGCAGAUUUCUGCAGGAAAAAUGCUGUCCACAUCUUCGCUGUCGCUCUUCCAAGAAGAAUUGACAGCCAUUCGGUUCCAGCACAGCUUUGCAGCAGCAAUGCCGGCAAAUCAUUGUACCAAAUGCCCAGCAGCAGAAUGUCAUCUGUGUACAACUUGCAUGCCAUCUGGCAGUGCGCUUCCUUCUCUGAGCCUAGUCUUGCUCCUGGAACAGGAGCGUUUUCCAUGGAAGCAGCGCAUGAAGUCCUUGAGCCAGAGAGUGCGCCGCCGAAAGAAUUGCCGUGCAGGGUCAUUCAGAGCACGGAAAAAGACAGGAUGCAAGGGAGUGGCAAAGGUGGAUGAAGCGGUGUUGUGCUUCGGCUUCAAGGCUGAGAAGAUCUUAGCCUUGUCAGGAAGCAACUGUCCAUGUACUGGAGACGCUUCUCAAACCUGUGAACCAUGCGGCGUCAUCAAGAUCUUUCCACCCCUGAGUGCAAGUGCUAGGACACCUCAGCCUGCUAAGACUGCUAAGACUGCUAAGACUGCGAGUUAUGCCAUGGCAAGACCGCAGCUCUGCGGCUGGUGGUCGCAGCAGGUGGAGCCGCGGUCGUUUGUUCACCUUGGCACAGUUGCUGUGCUGGUUACCUUUUGUUUUGAAAUUCUUGCACUGCAGCACGUGAAAGAUCAGGAAUUCGACAGAGAAAUUUCAACUCACAGCCGGCACACCUAUCCACAAGCGUGCUACAAGCAAGGGUGUUACAAGGGUGUUGUGGCUGAUGCUGUUGGCUUUCUCCCUGGUGAGCGAUGGAGCCGACGCUCGGAGCGAGCAGCUCCCACAGGCGCCAAGAAGGAGAAUGAGUACUUGUUUGGCGUCUAUCCGAUACUGCUGGCGCUGCGAGCGGGAAAGCGGAGCUUCAAGUCUCUCUGGAUCCAACAGAGACGGGGGAAAGUCACCGUCGAGAAGAAGGAUGACCAGGCACGCGAGGAAAUUGAGCAGCGUAGCAAGUCUCUGGGAGUCAAGUUGUUCCGGUGCUUCAAAAGGGAUGUGCUGGAUGAGCACAGUGGAGGUCGUCCCCAUCAAGGGCUGGUGCUGAAGUGCACGGAGCCCUCCAUCAAGACGGUGGAGGAGCUUCCGCGGCCCUCCAAGGGAGCUCUCUGGCUGGCCCUGGAGGGUGUGACCGAUCCCAUGAACCUCGGUUCGCUUCUGCGGUCGGCAGCUUUCUUCGGUGUGGAAGGUGUCAUCUGCGAGAGGGGAUGCGCGCGCUAUUCCCCUGUGGCAGCCAAAGCAUCCGCCGGAGCGGGUGAGACGAUGGAGAUAUUCCAUUCAAGAGAUCUGGAGAAGCUGCUUCCAAGGGCUCGGCGACAGGGCUGGCUCGUGGUUGGGGCAUCUUUGCCAGCGGAGGGCGAGAAAGAACCUCCCUACAGCUCCUUGGAAGAUUGGCUGCAGACGCCCAGCCAGCUGGAGCAGGGAAUCCUGCUGCUGCUGGGCCCGGAAGGCCCCGGCCUCCGCAGCCAGGUGCGCCAAGGCUGUGACCGGCUGGUUGGCAUCUCCCGUGCGGGGCAGAACCUAGAUGGCCUGGACUCGUUGAAUGUCGGCGUGGCUGCAGGCAUUGCCCUGCACGCCCUUCGCACAGCGCUUGGUGCGCCACGGGCGCGUGAAGCACCCGUGACAACCAGGGCACCUGGGGCACAGGGGGCUCCGAUUCUCGCAUGA